CAGUGGAAGAAGAUUAAAUAUAAAAAAACUAUAUAUUAUAUAUUUAAUAAAAUACAGGCUUCUGCUGUUCCUGUUUUUCUAGAAAUAAUUAAUUUAAUUAAAUUCUAUUUUAUAUAUAAAGCUGGCAAGAUCUGUUAUAUAUUUAUAAUAAUCUAG